AUGGCAAGCAGCUGUCAGCGUAUAAGUAUCAUCAUUGUGGAAGUAUUACAAAAUGCUUCUUCAGCACACGUUGUCAUGGACCCAACAGAAAAACUAUCUUGGCACUGUCAGCAAGAACUUGCCCUCCAGGACAGGUACUUCCAGAAUCAAAAGCUGACCUUCCUAGAUCCUAAGCAGGAUAUUUUCCUUAUGGGACUGAGUACUGCAAUAAGAAAAGCAAAAAGAAUUAUGAAGACUUCUAAGGACCUGAAAAGCUUCAUGGGGUUCUCAAAUGUAUGUGCAUUUCCUCUGCUGGCUAACCUAUGUGAGAAGAUUAAAUAUGUUAUAAGAAAUAAACUGCCUUUUGAAGAUUUCGAUGGAGAUAAAUUUAGUACCUUCCCUACAUUGAGGGGCUAUCACUGGCGAGGCAGAGACUGCAAUGACAAAAACACCACCGUGUACCCUGGCAGACGUCCUGACAAUUGGGAUGUGGAAAGUGACUCUAACUGCAAUGGUAUAUGGGGUGUGGAUCCAAAAGAUGGAAUUCCCUAUGAGGAGAAAUUCUGCAAAGGUGCAGGCUCUCAAGGGGUCGUGCUGUUGGGAGACUCAGCUGGUGCUCACUUCCACAUCCCUCCUGAGUGGAUGACUGUCACACAGAUGUCAACGAAAUCAUUUGCUAAUCUCCCAAUGGCUUUCAGUGAUGAGCUUGACUGGCCCCAGUUCUCAGAGAUCACUGGAUUUCUGAAUUCCACCAUCGGAGGCUGGACAGACUCUCUGUACCUACGUUUACGCAGGAGAAAUCGCUGCAAUCACAGAGACUUACAGAACAUUUCACAAAACGGUGGCUCUUCAGGAAACCUCCUCUAUUUAAUAAAAAGCUUGGCCAGAAAUCAGCUGUUGGACAAUCCAGCCAUAGUUAUCUAUGCUACAAUUGGGAAUGAUGUCUGCAAUGGGAACCGUGACACACUGGCCCACAUGACUACACCCAAAGAAAUGCUCUCCAACGUGGUGCAAGCUCUGCGAUACCUGGAUUCCCGUCUUCCAAACGGCAGCCACGUGAUUUUAACAGGCUUGGUAGAUGGACGCUUCCUCUGGGAUAACCUGUAUGACAGAUACCAUCCUCUAGGGCAACUGAACAGGGAUAUCACAUACAGUCAACUUUAUUCUUUCCUCGACUGCCUCCAGGUGAGCCCCUGCAGUGGCUGGCUGACCCCCAACGAGACUCUCAGGAAUUUGACUUCAGAGAGAGCAUUACAACUUUCCAAUGUCCUGAAAGAAAUAGCGAGAUCUGAGAAAUUUGCCAACUUUGAUAUUUUCUACAUGGAUUUCCCACUGAAACAAACGGCUGAGGAGUGGCGCAAGAUGGGAGGUGAGCCCUGGCAGCUGAUUGAACCAGUCGAUGGUUUCCACCCCAGCCAGAUUGCUGCAGCCCUUGGAACAAGCAUUACCUGGCAGAAGGCACUACAUGAAUGGCCUCAAGUGCUUGGAAAGGAGAAUCCAUUCAACAAUCAGAUUGCAGCUAUAUUCAAAGAUCAAGGUGGACACUGA